UUAUGAUUCACCCAGAUGGCUGAAGGCGAUGGUGAGUACUGCUGCCUCCCCUGCUACUGAUGAAACCCCGCCAGAGACCACAACGGUUGCAAUGUGGGUUCGAGGUUUAUGAGGAGGAGGAGUGAAGUCCAAGCUGCAUGUGUAGCAUGGGUAGCUUUCAAGCUGUCUACCCUUACGAUGGAGCUCCACAAGCUGGCCGCAUUGGUGCUAUGGCUGACCUGUCUGAUAGCUUGGGUACAAGGCUUCGAAGCAGCAGCUCCCGCAGUGAACGUCCCAGCGAUCAUCCUGUUUGGUGAUUCGACAGUGGACGUGGGGAAUAACAAUUUCCUGAACACCAUUGCGAAGAGUAAUUUUUUGCCUUACGGGCGAGAUUUUGAUACUAAGACGCCUACGGGGAGGUUCACCGAUGGUCGGAUGGUUAGUGACUUCAUGGCUUCAAAGUUGGGUCUGCCGAUGUCGCUGCCUUAUUUACAUCCAAAUGCAACGGGGCAGAAUCUUAUUUACGGCACAAAUUUCGCAUCUGCAGCGUCAGGCUACCUAGAUACGACUUCGGUAUUUCUGAACGUGAUACCUGCUUCCCGGCAGCUCGAGAUGUUCGACGAGUACAAAAUCAAGUUGUCCAAAGUCGUUGGACCCGAGAAGUCAUCGUCAAUCAUCUCUCAAGCGCUGUAUUUCGUAAGCUCCGGGAGUAACGACUUCAUUCUCAACUAUUUCGUCAAUCCCGCCCUGCAAAGCUCAUACUCCCCCACAGAGUUCAACGCGGCGUUGAUGUCUACACAGACAGAGUUCGUGCAGAAACUUUACCAAGCAGGAGCGCGAAAGAUUGGGAUUUUUGGUUUCCCCCCGAUUGGAUGCAUCCCUGCUCAAAUAACUCUCUUUGGAAUAGAUGUCAACCAAAAGACUUGCGUGGAGGAGCAGAAUGCAAUUGCAUCAGCUUACAACUCAGACCUCGCGGCUGCUAUUCCAAAAUGGCAGAGCAACCUCUCUGGUUCACUGCUCCUGUAUCUGGAUGCAUACUCCAUGCUUUACGACAUCUUCAACAACCCUACCAAAUACGGUUACACUGAGGCAAGGCGCGCAUGUUGUGGAGAGGGAUUGCUUUCCACAGCUGGCUUCUGCAAUAAAGAUAGUGUAGGGACAUGUACAGAUGCGUCCAAGUAUGUCUUCUUCGAUUCAUUGCAUCCCACGUCUUCAGUAUACCGACUAGUAGCUGAGGCAUAUCAUGAAAAAGUAAUUUCCUACUUACUUUAAGGUACACUUUGAUAGACCUAAUCAAAUGAACAGAGGCUUGUACACAAAGGAGAACCUUUAAUUGGUUUCCAGGUUUUACUGGUAGCUUGCAAGAUUCCCUGGCUUUAGGAAGUGACAGCAAUUUAUCUGGAAAAGCUGCAAAUUCCCAUGGUUUCGGUUUUCGGCUGACCCCAGUGAUGCUAGAGCAAGUAUGAAUCUAGUGACUAAUUGCAAAGCUGAAUAUAUGCCCUACUAUUUUGAUGUAA